GUGAAGUUAAUAUUAAAGUUUAAUUUAAACGUUUUUUUUAGAAUUUCUAGCUUUUAAGUCUAAAGGAAAAUGCAGCACGAUGAUGUGGUAUGGGCUAUCAUUAACAAAACACACUGUUCUCAUAAAGUAACAACAAAAACUCAACAUUUCUGUCGCAAUGAAUAUAACCUCACUGGUUUAUGUAGCCGGGCUUCUUGCCCGCUAGCGAACAGUAAAUAUGCCACGGUUCGAGAGGAGAAUGGAAUUAUAUACUUGUACAUGAAGACGGCUGAAAGAGUAAUGUUCCCAGCUAAAGCAUGGGAGAAAGUGAAGCUAUCAAGAAACUUUGAGAAGGCAAUACAUCAGAUAAAUGAGAACCUGCUCUAUUGGCCUGGGUUUAUCAAGGCCAAGUGCAAACAGAGAUUCGUUAAGAUCACUCAGUAUCUCAUUCGGAUGAGAAAAUUGAAACUUAGAAGAGUAAAAGAGCUAGUACCAAUACAACGGAAAAUCGAAAGGCGCGAGCGCAGAAGGGAGGAGAAGGCGUUAGUCGCUGCUAGAAUAGACAACGCUAUUGAGAAACAGCUGCUGGAGAGAUUGAAGAAAGGAACAUACAAUGACAUUUACAACUUCCCACAAAUGGCGUUCGACGCGGCUCUCAAAGCAGAAGAGGUGUCAGGCGAAAGUGAGAGUGAAAAAGAAGAUGAAGAAGAGAGAGAAAUUGAAAUGGAGCCUGAGCUAGAGAAGGAGCUUCGGAGAGUAGGGGACGCUGAUGAGUUUAUUGAGGGAGAUAGUGAUAUGGACACUGAUGAGGAAAGUGACUCUGGUAGAAGGGAAGGUGCAGAUGUCGCAAGCGAUUUCGAGUCGGAAACUUCUGAUAUUGAGGACGUCGCGCAAAAGGUGGUAAGGAUAAAGAAGCCGCGUAUGGAAAUCGAAUACGAGACCGAGACCGCAGUAUCAGUUUCAAGAAAGAAAAUAAAACACUGA